AUGGGCUCCGUCGCGCUUCCUUACAUGGAGACCAAGCCUAAGGCCAUCUUCUUCACCGAUUUCGAUGGCACAAUCACCGUUGACGACAGCAAUGAUUUCAUGAUCGACAACCUGGGCUUCGGCGCCGACCGCAGACGUGUGUUGAACAAGCAGGUCCUCGAGGAGACUCUGAGUUUCCGUGACGCCUUCCGUGAGAUGCUCGCAAGCAUCAAGACCCCCUACGACGAGUGCAUCGACAUUUUGCUGAAGAACAUGAAGCUGGACCCAUACUUCGAGGAGUUCUACUAUUGGGCUCAGGAGAACAAUGUCCCCAUUGUCAUUCUGUCCUCUGGUAUGCGCCCGAUCAUUGCUGCCCUGCUCGAGAAGUUCCUGGGCCACAAGCCCCGUAGCCAUCUUACCAUCAUCUCCAACGAGGUGACUGGCCGUGAUGGCAAGGAUAUCAACAGUGAGGGUGGCUGGGAGAUCGUUUACCACGACGAGAGUCACUUUGGCCAUGACAAGUCCCUUGAGAUCAAGCCUUACGCCGCCUUGCCCGAUGGAGAGCGCCCGGUUCUUCUAUACGCUGGCGACGGUGUAUCCGAUCUGUCGGCUGCUGCAGAGACCAACCUCUUGUUCGCGAAGGAGGGUAAAGAUCUGGUUACUUUCUGUCAGCGCCGCGGAAUGCCAUACACCACCUUCCAGAAUUGGUCCACAAUCUUAGCGACCACGAAAGAUAUCCUGGCCGGCAAGGUGUCGCCCAGCGAUGUGGCAAAGCAGAGCACUGCGUAA